AUGUCCAUGGGACUGUACGAAGAGUAUCAGAAGUUCCGCGCCGGCAACGCGCAGUGGCGCCGGGGUCUGGCCGGCGGCGCGCGGGGAGAACUCACGGCCGAGGCCCUCUCCACGGAAGAGCGCCGGACCAGGACGUUCAUUCAAUCCUUUUUCCCUUCCUUCGAAGCCUGGCACUGGCGCCGGACAGCUUCGUACUGGAUCGCCAUUUUCUUCACGGAAGGUUCGCUGCUUUUCGUGCUGGGAAGCUGCUUCGGCUAUGCGGGGGACAGUGGCUGGCGGGCCAGCAGCAGUGCACACGUCAAUGCGCACCUUGUGAAGGCCCUGAGCAUUUGGCCUUCGCUCUUUGGCUCCGCUUUCUUCAGCUGCGGGGCGAUUCUCAUGUGCCUGGAGACCAUGAAUGUGAUGCGCCCCGUCGGCUCCUGGACCUUCCGGAUUUUCAGCUUCAAGUCAAUUUUCGCUGCUUGCCGAGACUGGACUCCGGCGGGGGAUGUAAAACCCCGAAGUGGUAGCUUCUGGUGGAUCGGGAGAACCCUGUACUUUCAUGUACUUUCUGUAGUUCUCCCGCAGUCCUCAGGUUCUCGGACCCCGAAAGGUUGA